UUAACAAAUUAUGGACCGCGAUUCAUUUUUGGAUUCUUUCUUACAAUGUUUUUUCUUGGGAAGGUUGUUUUGAAAAAAAUAAAGGCGUUCAUGAUUUAAAAAUAUUUUGAUAGGAAAAUCAGUUAUCACGAACUUUGAUUAAUUUGCCAUUUAAUCCAAUCCAUCAAAUUCACGCUGUAUUUCUUAAAUCAUCAAACUGGAGAAGAAAAGAGAGAGAGAGAGAGAAGAGAGAGCUAUGAGAUCAAUUACCUAUCCUAGUUUAUAUGAUAAUUUUUUUUUUCUCGGUCCAAUUAAGUGACGCAUUUCUCUUACUGGAGUAUUCUUUAAUUUGUUAAUUAAGUAGAUAAUAUAAAUUGAACAUUAGAGAAAAAAAGAAUCAUAGAUUUGAAUCAUUUUCAUGUGCAUAACUGAAAAGGAAAAAGGAAAACAGAGAACAAAUUACAGACGUAUUUAAACACAGUAGAGUCAGAAUUAACGAUCUGCAUACAACCUUUUCCGUCAGCGUACAAUCAAUCGAAGUGAACAAUCUCUUUUGCUCUCUCAUUCUUUCUCUCAUUGACACAUUUACUGAUAAUUUGAAUAUAGCCGUUGUAUUGCUAAUAGUGCAAGCAAAGGGGGUGGGUUUUGGAUUGGAGAAUGCCGCCGGCGAUAAUUCAGGUAAUCGCGGCGGCGGCGCUACUUUUGGCGUUGUCGGUGGAUGGGGAGGAGAAGAGAAUGGUGCUGAGCUUGGAGAGGGCGAGUCAUGACGGAGUUGGAAUGAGUCAACUCAGGCACCGCGACCGAGUCAGACACGCUAGGUUGUUACAGCAACAGCCUUCUGCUUCUGGCAUCGUUGAUUUUUCUGUUCAAGGCACCUACGAUCCUUAUCUUGUUGGCCUAUAUUAUACAAGAGUGAAAUUGGGAACUCCUGCAAAGGAAUUCUAUGUACAGAUAGAUACUGGAAGUGAUGUGCUAUGGGUUAGCUGCAAUCCCUGUGAUGGCUGUCCCACCUCCAGUGGACUUCAAAUAGAGCUCGAUUUUUUUGAUCCUCCCAGCUCAUCCACAGCCUCACCAAUCUCAUGUUCUGACCAAAGGUGUGCUUUGGGAGCUCAGUCUUCUGAUUCCGGUUGUUCCGGUCACAACCAGUGUGGGUAUACCUUCCAAUAUGGUGAUGGAAGCGGGACAUCCGGCUACUAUGUGUAUGACUCGAUGUAUUUCGACUCAAUAGUUGGGAAUUCACUGGCUUCAAAUAAUUCAGCACCCGUUGUUUUCGGUUGUAGCACAUCACAAACUGGGGACCUUACCAAGCCAGAUAGGGCAGUUGAUGGUAUAUUUGGUUUCGGACAGCAGGGAUUAUCUGUGAUUUCACAGCUUUCUUCACAAGGAAUCACCCCGUAUUCGUUUUCUCAUUGUUUGAGAGGAGAGAGUGGUGGGGGUGGUAUAUUGGUGCUUGGUCAAAUAGUGGAGCCGAAUAUUGUUUACACUCCGCUUGUUCCUUCACAGCCACAUUACAACGUAUAUCUACAAAGUAUAGCUGUGAAUGGGCAGACACUCAACAUUGAUUCAUCAGUCUUUGCGACUUCAAGCAAUCGUGGAACAAUAAUAGACUCAGGCACAACUUUGGCGUACAUUGCAGAAGAGGCGUAUGAUCCAUUUGUUACUGCAAUCACAGAAACCGUCUCAGGAUCAGUACGCUCUCUUCUUGCAAAAGGAAAUCAAUGCUAUCUAACUACCUUGAGUGUCUCAGAAAUAUUCCCACAAGUUACUUUAAACUUUGCUGGUGGUGCAUCAAUGAUUCUUAGGCCUCAAGACUAUCUUUUGCAGCAGAACUCUAUCGGUGGUGCUGCAGUGUGGUGCAUCGGCAUCCAGAAAAUUCAGGGUCAAGGAAUUACCAUUUUAGGAGAUCUUGUUCUGAAAGAUAAGAUUGUGGUGUAUGAUAUAGCUGGUCAAAGGAUUGGAUGGGCGAACUAUGACUGUUCGUCGUCUGUGAAUGUCUCGACAACAACCAGUACAGGUAAAACUGAAUUCUUCAAUGCUGGACAAGUUGACAGUAGCAACGCGGCAGAUUACAUGCUUUCCAAGCUUAUACCAAGCGCUGUUGUAGCUCUACUACUGCAUAUAGCAUUCUUUGGCGGCCCACCGUUAUUGUGAUACGACAUACAUACGACAGAGCUAGUUUUUUGUAAAUUCUCUUCCAUUAUUGUGCUACGACGGAGCUAGUUUUUUUUUUGUAAAUUCUCUUCAUUUUGGCAGUUCCUGGUGUAUACCUAGAUAUAGAAUUGCAGGCUUCUAAGUGCUAAGUUAAGAUGAAUAUAUCCUUAUUAGAAUAGAAUUGGUCAUUUGUCUUGUUGUGCACUAAAUUCGUUUAACAAUAUGUAGAUUUAUUACACACACCGAUUACUAGUAUUUUUUUAGUUCAAAGAAGCGUGACAAUUUAUUGGAAACAA